ACCUAGAUGUUAUCAUUUAAGAUGCCGAUUGCUGUUGGGUAAAAGCUCUGUAGUGUGUGGUUGGACCCUGAUCACCAUGUUUUGUAUAAGUUUCCCCUGUUCAGCAUUUUUGUGGUUUAUUCCUGACAAAGAGCUCAUCAUUAAUUAUUCACUUGAUAUUUAUACACUCUUCAAAAGCCUUCCUUUCAAGUCUUUGAAUACAUGUUCGGGUAGAGUUUGCCAUCCCCCCAGAGAGCUAAGCAUACAGUCAUCAACAAAGCUUUGUGUUUGAGAAAAGAGCCAGAGUUAUCCUUGUGUGGCAAAGGAUAAUGCAGGUAGGAACCCUGCGAUCGCAAAAUUGAGUUAUUGACCCCCCCACAUUCACGGAGCCCUCAGAAAAGGUUAGAUCACCCCUGCCACAACAACAUCCUACCUGUCAGCUGACUGCAGGUUCAGUGAAGGACAUGUACAGUCUAAUUUUUGUGCGUACCUCGCCAGUCAUUCACAAAAAAACAUAAGGGCCAUCCCAGGAGACUUGUCACGGCAAGGUUGUGUGGCAUUCAACAGGCCUGGGGCAAGACAAAGAUCAGCUUGGCUGUGCUGCAGUGGAACAACUACCGGCCGGCACCUAUAAAAAGUACACAGUUCAUUGAGAUCGCCUCACAGGAGCUCAAGACUGUUGAUUCAGCGUGUCUGGACAGUAGAGAAAGAACACCGAGCUUAGAUGCCUUUGAUAUGUGACUUUCUUGGCUCUAGUUUAUACUGAAAAGUUUUAACUUAAAGAACUGCUUGAGAGGGGAACCCCUUUUUCUGAGCCUCUCAAUCUGCAAAGUUUUGGCAGCGGACCAAGACAUUUUCAUAGCCAGAGAGAAACCUGGGGAGAAAUCCGAUCAAGUUUCUUCAGACAGCUUAGCCGGCCGGUGCUUACACGAUAUCCAGAAUGCAUCUGAUGCUGAAUUUCCUGGCUGUUCUAUUAAUCAGCAUUGGCAUUGGCCCACAAGUAGAGAGUGUCUCACUGCGAUGUGGAAGCCACAUGUAUGCUGGGUCUGGCACCCUGACCUCCCCCAACUAUCCUGGACAGUACCCUGCAGAUGCAGAGUGCGCCUGGCAGAUUUCCACGGAUGAGGGCAACCACGUGUCGCUGACGUUUAACUCGUUCGAGUUAGAAGAGUCAACAGACUGCCGUUACGAUUAUCUUGUCAUAUUUGACGGGGCUGAUGACACGGCAACUGUCAUUGGGCGUUAUUGCGGACAACAGACCCCACGCACUGUUACCUCAACUGCCUCCAAACUCCAUGUGAAGUUUGUCAGUGAUUCCUCCAUAGAGAGGUUGGGGUUCCACGCCAACUUCAGCACAGGCUGCUCCCGAAAUCUUGCGGGUCCAAGAGGUCAGCUGACUUCCCCAAACUACCCUGGUUACUAUCCCAUCAACCAGAACUGCCUCUACAAGAUCACCGUUGGCAACGGCAAACGUAUACGACUCCAGUUUCUCAUCUUUGCAACCGAAGGAACACCAUCAUUCUGCAGCUAUGACACCUUGGAGAUAUUUGAUGGGACAACAACAGACUCUAAGCUGAUUGGUCGAUAUUGUGGCACUGAUAUUCCUGAUCCCGUCAUAACGUCUGGCAAUGAGAUGAUGAUGAGAUUUCUGAGCGACAACUCGGUUGGCCAUCAAGGCUUCUAUAUUGAGUUUGAGGAAGUCGCUGUAGGUAAAAGUAGACAUAGGAGGGAUGACGAUGACUCUUCGUCUUCAGAAGAGGACAAUGACGAUGAUGACGAUGAUGAUGACGAAGAUGAUAACAGGAGGAGGGACUAUGAUUCUGCUGGCUCUGUGGACUACUUUUCCAUGUACACUGAUUUUGCACCCAGCAAUCCGUGCCUAGUCGACAAUGGCGGGUGCGACCAGCUGUGUGAGAUACGACAUGGCAAGUCGCAUUGCCGCUGCAGAGUGGGCUACAAAAUGUCCAAAAACAAAGUGAACUGUGUUGAUAGGAAUGAAUGUGCCUCAGAUGAUAGAUGUGCCCAAAUCUGUGUCAACACCGAGGGCAGCUACCACUGUGAGUGCCAAAGAGGCUACCACUUAGCUGCUAACGCCUGGGCAUGUGUUGAUGUUGAUGAAUGCCGGGUCGGCAAUGGUGGGUGCCAGGAGGUGUGCCGCAACAUCAUAGGCUCUUACACUUGUGAAUGUGCCACCCCUGGUUCAGAACUGCUCGCGGAUGGUCGCAGCUGUGGGGUCAAGGCCAACUGCCGGGUAAACAAUGGCGGCUGCAACCAUGUCUGCCAUGAGAAGUACAACGGGCGAUACUGCUCUUGUCAUAUCGGAUUCCUCCUGGCCGAAGAUGGGUUCAACUGCACAGAUAUUGACGAGUGCCAGCAUGAAGGUGGCAUUGGCAUUAUGGGCCACCACUGCAAUCAGCUGUGUAUCAACACACCGGGGAGUUACUACUGUGACUGCAAUGAGGGGUUCGUGCUCAGCCCCAAUGGUCGUGUUUGCAAAGACAUUGAUGAAUGUGCCACGGAGCUCAGUAACCAGUGUCAUCACAGCUGCAUCAAUUUCCCCGGGGGUUUCCGCUGCGAGUGUUUCCAAGGGUUCAACCCACAGUACACAGCCGGCGCCACGCGCUGCGUUGACAUCGACGAGUGCGACCCGCAACCCGAGGACUGCCACACCUGCAACAAUUUUGAUGGCGGCUUUGAAUGUUUGUGCCGAGCUGGUUUCAUCCAGAAUGAGAAUCAAACCGGUUGCCUGGACAUCAACGAGUGCCUGGAGAACAACGGGGACUGCCAACACGUGUGCGUCAACCUGCCUGGCAGCCAUGAGUGCCGGUGCCGUGUCGGGUACCAGGGAACCACCUACACUAAUCGGGUCUGUGUGGAUAUCGAUGAGUGUGCGGCCGACAGGAGGGGGCCCUGCGAUCAUGCUUGUACAAAUACAGAAGGAUCAUUUGAAUGUACCUGCGAUGUGGGCUUCUACCUGCAAGAAAACAUGCUGCGAUGUGAGGACAUUGAUGAGUGUGUUGGCGACAACGGUGGCUGCUCCCAGCGAUGCUACAACACCCUGGGUUCCUGGGAGUGUGGAUGUUUUGAUGGCUACUUCCAAGAGGAGCCGGACGUUGAUUACUGUGUUGACGUUGAUGAGUGCAUGGCCACCGACUUCAGAGCCCAUCGCUGCGCCGCAGAAGAAAACGCUGUGUGCUCCAACGUGGAGGGCAACUACACCUGUCUCUGUCCGCCGGGAUACAUGACUCAUGAAUGGUUCCAUUGUAAAGAUGUCGACGAAUGCCAGAAUGAAAUGCUACAUCAGUGCCAACAAGACUGCAUCAAUGUGGAAGGAGGGUUUCAUUGUGGAUGCUUUGAAGGCUAUUUUAUGAUCAAUGAAACACACUGUGACGAUAUCAAUGAGUGUGACCAGGAGUUGUGUGACCACAACGACCUAUGCGUGAAUGCCGUGGGUAGCUUCACUUGCGGCUGUAGACAGGGCUACUUCCUGAUGGCUGACGGCCAGUCCUGCUCGGAUGUCAACGAGUGUAACGACAACAACGGGGGUUGUGCCCACAUAUGCAUCAAUGACAGGGGAGGACAUCGUUGUGAGUGCAAUGAGGGCUUUGAGCUCCAGAGAGAUGGCAGGUCGUGUGAGGACAUCAACGAGUGCGACUCGAACUUUGCCUGCUGCAAUCAGAUGAACAAUUGCCUGAACCUGCAGGGGAGCUACACCUGCAGCUGCGAUCCGGGCUACUUCAUGAGCGCUGACAACUGCACCUGUCUCGACAUCAACGAAUGUGAGAAAGACAAUGGAGGCUGCAGCCAGAUCUGUACAAAUUUCCCAGGACAUUACAACUGUUCAUGUGAACCAGGCUUUGAAGCAAUGCCGGGUGAUCAGAAGCUGUGUUUUGACAUUGACGAAUGCCAACAUGAAAAUGGUGGUUGCGAUCAUUACUGCACAAACUUUGUUGGUGGAUACAAUUGCUCCUGUGAACCCAACUUCAAACUGGGCAUCGACUCCCAUUCCUGCCAGCAUUGCCCAACCUGUGAAAACUUUGAGGAGAUGCAAAUGAUGAUUCUGGGAUUGCGUGAGACGGUAGCCACAAUGCAGAAUGCCAUACUGGAAGUGCAGGCACAGAACAGGCAACUUUGGGAACGGAUCCGUGCCAUCGAAGACCAACAGAAUGAGAAUUCUGCUCUCGCCACCCACAAGUUGACAGUGCAGAAGUUGCCACAUCAGCCCAAAACCCUGGCAAGACACUCCUUACCAGUAAACUGAAGUGGAGUGCACGGCUAUUCCAAUUACUCUUUUCCCUCCAAAAAAAGAAAGAAAAGACGUCAAUCAAGUUACAGCAUGAGAUGCUUGAUUGAAUGUUGUACUAAUCAAAGACUUCUCAUUACCUUACCUGGAAGCUACUUCUGGGCGAAAGAAGUACACCUUAUUAUUGACUUCUGAUUUCUCAGAAUUCACCUGAUUACAGUGAUCUAUGAUUUCAUUGGAAAUCAAAGGCAAUGGAAAUUAUGGGUGUUUGAGUCCUGCUUGCAUUCUAGCAAAAUUCGAAGUGAGUGUUAAAAAUACACCUCAAUAUUUGUUCUUUUUUGGUAGCUACUUUUGCCCCACAUCGUAAGGCUCAUGUGUUCUUUUGCUGUACUGGCAGGAACACAUGCAGACUGUUGGUGUGUGGCAUGUUGCAUCACUGAACCAGACAUAAGUGUCUGCACAGCCAAUGUCAUUAUGGCAGUUUUCUGUUUUCACAUGGUGCUUAAUGUAACAAGGUGUGUGGAUGGAACAUCGGACACAAGAAUUAGGAAAAUGGUAUAAAUAAAGUUAGUCACUUACAUCAAUUGAAAUCCAAAUUUAAUUGAUGUUUGCCCAAGUAAAUAAUUACAGGUUUAUAAGUGGAUGUACAGUAAUUGGUGUCAAGACGCGCAAACAAAAAAAUAAUGAGGUUGUAUGCAUGAGAUGAAAUUUUAGUUGAUCGUUGUCGGGUUAAUAGUGUGAGCUAAGGUGAAAUUACAGUUGUUUUAAAGCAUAUUUAAUGCAAGUUUGGUUCAAAAAUAACCUCAAGCCUACAGUGAGAGACUGUUUUUUUUCUUAGGCAUGUUCAGAUGCUAAUAGUGUUAAAGUCGGCACCGUUUUGUAAUCAGAAAGUCAAGUUUAUUGUGAAUCAAUGGAUGAGUCAUCCACUCUCUAAAAACCUGUUAUUCUGCACAUAAGCAUCCACUUAAGCUGUGAUGAGUGUAGCAUAUCAUUUCCGACCUCAUUAGAGAAAAAUCUCAUUGAUCAUAUCCAUUUAUAGUAUUUUCUUAGAAUGCUGUGCUUGGUAGGCCUAACUGUAAAAAUGAAAAUUCAAAAACAAAUACACCCACGGCUCCGUAUCUCUUGUCAACAGUCAAUUGUAGUCAUUUUAUGUACAUAGUGUAAAGUGAUAUUGUAAUGUAGUUCGGUUGUAGAAAAGUUAUGGAUUAGCUCUUGCUGUAUUUGAAAUGGAUUAGUUUGGAAAGUAAAGCUUUUUUUUCUGACUUUUCUUUAAAUCAGCAACUUCGUGUUGCAAUGAUUUCCAUACGAAAUUUGAACCUUGUAUAUAAUAAAAUAAUAUUAUUGAAUGAAAUUGUAAUAAGGUAAUUCUAUACCAGUCAAUUUUCUGUUUUCACACCAUGAUUAUUCUGUUACCUGUAACUUGGUAAACGUGUUGUUGCCGUUAAACCACUCCUAAAAUGUAGCUGAAGAAAGAAGACGACAUAAAUGCCAUCUUGUGUAUGUCCGACGUUGGCAAAUGCAGGGUUUCAUCGAGACGCACGCAAUUCAGAGUCUAGCAAGGUUGAAUUCUCUUAAAUUCUCUAAAUGCCUCUUAAAUUACAGAUUUGUACCGCUUUACUUGUAGGUAAGUCAAGAACGAUAGCUCUAAUUAUGUACCUGUAUAUACUCUUUUUUUCGUUCAUUUCAUAUUUCUCCCAGGGAUUCAGAAUUGAGUCAAUUCAUUUUGUGCGUAUGUCCUUCGACUGAGGAUUGCCGUCUCUUAUGAUUUUAAUCACGGAAAGGUAUUGGAACAGUUUAAUUACAGUCUUGAUUUGGUUUCCUGGCUCAAAUUUUUCCUGGUACCCGCAAUUUGGAUUUGUCUGUAAUCAUUCUCGCUAACGACGCAUCAUUCAAGAGUGUGAAAUUUAAGAGGCCACAAAAUGACACAAGGCUGGAAUAAUUCACAUUGGAAUUUCCACCAGACAGUAAAGCUCCAAUAGGACUAAGACAGUGAAAUCAAUUAAAUUAGCGUACAAAAUUAGCUUUUAUCGGGAUUUAACAUAUUUUUGGAGACAUGUUCCGUCUUUGUCUCCAUCGAUCAAAUUGACACCGUGUUUAGCCAUAUGUGACGUACAGUGUUGUAUUUGUUCAGCAUACCCGAGUUGAAUAUUACUCACACGGAUCAUACAACAGGCGACCAGUAAACGACAGCAUCCGUGCAUUGUGUUAGAUACACACGAACUUCUAUCGGUAGUGUUCUUAGUCACGUGUAUCAGAGAUCAGCGUUGGAAUGGAAACUGUUCCAUGAAAUAUGGUCAAUAGGAAAUGAGCUUUCACGGGAACGAAAAAAAAAAUUUAUGCUGCUAAGGUUUGUGAACUUCGUGGUGUCUCUUCAGAAACCAUCAGAUAACUUCAAGCUUGAGAAAAUGCCGUCAACCUCAUAAAUACCUACCCAACUUGAUGCCAACAACUGCCUCAUAUUUCUAUAGGGUAAACAUUAAGCUAUAAAGGUAAAAUGCGUGUCGUCAAGUUCAACGAACGUUCCACUCACAUUUGAACAGUACAAAACAGUAAACAAAUCUUACAUUACACACCUUUUCAAAAAAAUGAAAUAAAACAAAAUCUUACCUACAUCAACCACAAGAUUUUAAUUAUUACCGUUAACAUGGAAGUGCUAGGUCACGACGGUGUCAAAAUAACGAAUUUUACUAAUUGCUAUUGUAGUUAAGUGUUUUACACUUCGGGAUGUAGCCUAUAGGGUGUUUGCACAGUGUGAUUUUCGCAUCUUUAAGACCUGUUCAAGUUCAUUUGAAUUUGCGUGCACUUAAUUUUCUUUCAGACACUUUAGAUUUGUUAAAAUUACUGUUGAAAUAAAAUAUCUCAGCAACCAUUUUUAUUGCUUGACCUUAUCAGUAUUAGCAGAUAAUAAUCUUGUUAUGCUGUAACAUUGGUGAGGUAAAUUAAGUACAAAUUCAUAUUGUAUCUUGGACGGUGUAAAGUAAACUAUUUUUUAAAAGUACAAGUAUA